CGAGGCAGUUGGACCUAAAACGAUACUACCUUCGACAAGAACGCCUGGGUGGUAAUUAUAUGGCGCGGAUUUCGUUUCGUCUUUCGGUGAUGCCUCGAACAUAAACGAAGAAUAAUUCUAAUUCUGAGAUAACACCACAACUACAUAAAUUAUGGCGCAAGAUCAGAGAAGUAGACACGACGAUGACGAAGUUAUCGCCAAAUUUCAACUGUUUUUGGAGGAAUACCAUGUGAUAGACAUCAGGCGGAUUUUACUCCAAGAAGACACAGCGCAGCAUUACUCGCUAAUUGUCAACACUCUAGAGCUAUUUGACUCUGAUAUCCAGUCAGCGCAGUCACUGUUGACCCAGCCGAACAAGAUGUUACCUCUAUUUGACAGUGCGCUUACUCAGGCUGCAGUAUCACUAAUGCAAGAGACCGAGACUCCCACUAACAUGAGUUUCAAGCCAAACAUUCAUGUCCGAUUGUCGAAUUUACCUAUUUGCCCAGAGCUGAAGCGUAGCACUAUUCCCAAAUCGUCAGAUAUGGGUCGUUUUCUUGCUGUUUCGGGAACUGUUAUUAGAGUAUCAUCAAUAAAGAUGCUGGAGCACGAGAGAGAGUUCAUCUGCUCAAGGUGCAAAUAUGUGUUCUCGGCACAGGCAGAUUUUGAGCAGUUCUAUACUAUCCCUAAACCCACUUCAUGUCCUUCAGGGGAGGGCUGCACUUCAAACAAGUUCAACUGCUUAUCAGAACCAGGUUCUAAUCCAACAAGUUGUCGUGACUACCAGGAGAUAAAGAUCCAGGAGCAAGUGCAGAAGUUAGCAGUUGGAACUAUUCCCCGCUCCAUGUGGGUUGUGCUUGAGGAUGAUCUAGUUGACAGCUGUAAAGCAGGUGAUGACGUCACCAUCAGUGGCGUGGUAAUGAGGAGAUGGUGGCCUGUAAUUGCAGAGGUGAAGUGUGACCUUGAAGUAGUUUUCAAAGCAAAUCAUGUGUCAGUCAACAACGAGCAGAGAAUCGGUGCAAUAGUCACAGAGGAAAUGAAGCAAGAAUUUGAUGAGUUCUGGAGCAAGCACAAGGAUAAGCCGCUCAGUGGGCGUAACCACAUCUUAGCUAGCUUCUGUCCUCAGGUGUAUGGCUUGUAUGCUGUCAAGCUAGCAGUGACCCUGAUCCUAAUGGGUGGGGUCCAGCGGGUUGAUGCAUCAGGUACCAGGGUGCGUGGAGAGUCGCACAUGCUCUUGAUAGGAGAUCCAGGCACAGGAAAGUCUCAGUUUCUGAAGUACUCAGCUAAGAUCAUGCCAAGGUCGGUACUAACCACAGGCAUCGGUUCCACAAGUGCUGGCCUCACUGUUGCCGCUGUGAGAGACUCGGGCGAGUGGCAGCUAGAAGCAGGGGCCCUGGUACUCGCAGAUGGAGGACUGUGCUGUAUUGAUGAAUUUAACAGCAUCCGUGAACAUGACAGAGGAAGUAUUCAUGAGGCCAUGGAGCAGCAGACUAUCAGUGUGGCAAAGGCAGGGAUGGUAUGCAAGUUGAACACAAGGACAACCAUCCUUGCCGCAACAAAUCCUAAGGGGCAGCUAGAUAUUGACCAGUCUCUCAGUGUAAAUACUGCCCUAGCCAGCCCUCUAUUAAGCCGCUUUGACCUCGUCUUUGUACUACAGGAUGUCAAGAACGAAGACUGGGACAGAAUCGUUUCGUCAUUUAUACUGGAAGGCAAAGGAGUUCGCAUGUCUGCUGAAAAACCUGCGGAAGCUCUCUGGGGUAUGGACAGGCUGCAAGCUUACAUUUGUCACGCCAAAACACUUGAGCCACAGCUGAAUACCGACAGCAACAGGGUACUAAGGCAGUACUACCAGUGCCAGCGUCAAGCAGACACCCGUAACGCCGCACGUACAACACUGCGACUGCUCGAGAGCCUCAUUCGUCUAGCCCAGGCGCAUGCGCGGCUCAUGUACCGGGAACAUGUGACUGUACAGGAUGCUGUGGUCGCGGUAACGUGCGUCGAGUGCUCCAUGCAAAACACUGCCUUAUUAGGAUGUAUGAACGCACUGCACACUAGAUUCCCGGAUGAUCCCGAGCAGGAAUAUAAACAGCAAGCCAAGCUUAUAUUAAAGCGCCUGGGACUUACCGACUUGAUGGACGCUGUACCUACCUCUCCAGGGCGUGGUGAAGAUACAAGUGCAGGUCUCCAUGACGACGGGAAUCAUUCAGAAUGUCGUGGUAACGAUAUUGAUGAGACAAGUCUCCAUAGUGAUGAAAAUACAGAAAUGAAUUCUUACGGGAAUGGAGAAUGCGGAGUAAAUCUUAACAAAAGCAUAAGUAGUGGUGAAACCUGCGAUGUUACGCGCGUUCUUGAUUCUGCUCCACGUAUUGAUAAAGCCUGCUCCUACAACAAGAGCAGAACGGCACCAAACAGUACGCAAGAUGAAGUUAAUAUAGAUGAUAACAAGGGAAAGAGUUGUCCCCAGCUCUCUGCAUGUGAUACACGUUCAAGAGGGUCCUCGCAUCCUAGCGAACAUGCAGAUAACAAUGGUGUCUGUCGUAUGGAUGAUUUGGUGGAGAAACCCGUGGCGGACCCGAGUUGUUCAGCUGGUCUUCUAAGAAAAGUUAUAGAGCCGGUAGGAAUUAAUCGAUCGAAGAAUCCAUCGGCAUCAGAGAAAAAAGGUGGUGAAAAAAUAAGCGCACGCAAGUUGUCGCCCAGCACGGCGUUACUUGCCAAGUUUGCCUUUCGCCCCAAGACUAGUACACAGGGUGAAUGCUCUCGGUCCCACCCACUGGAAACACCUAUCUCUAACCCCUCUGAUUAUAACAACGAAAGCCCUGAAGCUAUUAAUAAAUCGUUUGGGACGUAUGCAGGGGAUACAGAAGGCGUCAAAUUGCUCUCUGUCUCAUGUUCUGGGGACAAAGGCAACCCCAGUGAUGGUUUAGACCUAUUUAAAAAGCCAGAGAGCUCGGGGGCCACAGAGGUUUCGAAAGGAGUUACCUCGGUAAGUGCUUCCGGUUUAUUUGUCACUGAUGACCUCUCGGACGAAGAUCUUGAAUUAGAGUGGCCUGAUAUGUUUAAAUUGACUAAUAGGACUGACCCUACCGGUGCAAAGCGAAGUUGCACGGAGUUCCUGCGGUCACCUGUUAUCAAAAAAUGUAGGUAGCUUGAAUGACACAUUCAAGCUACAAUUCUAAAUCAAUGACGUAUCAUAGCAACGGGCAUAGUGCUUAGAUAAAAGGGGUUAUUACAGCAAUGCCAGGCUGCUCACCCCCACCCCCUGUGUACGCGCUAGAAUGCUUUUGAGAUUUGUACCCGAGAAGAGUAAGCUAACCAGCCGGUGAAGUGGUUCCAUUCAUUGUGUGUAAGGCGCCGCCAAUUCGGGUAUUAAGCUGCACUUUUUGUCCCUUAGAGGGUGAGAAUUUUAUUGAUGAUUUUAUCAUGAGGUCCUCUGCAAGUCAGUGACGUUUACGUACGUGUUGUAGAUCGACACGAAUGUUAAACACAUAAUGGUAGAUGUUUAGCCUUUAAUGAGCAGCGUCAAAAUAACUACGAGAACAAGUAAAGAUUACGCGAGUUUUUAGAACCUAUCGAGUGUUUUUGUUCUGCAAUAAAAUUGUAACAAACCUCCA